CAGAGGUGAGAUAUUCUGCUAAAAAUCUUCGUUUGUUUUCUGUAGAAGAAAGACAGUCAUACUCAUCUGGGAUGGCAUGAGGGCCUCAUGUUUGUGUGGCUCAGCUCCAUGUCUUCUUUGUGGCUGUUGUCCUUUUACGAACAACUCCACUGUCACACGGCUGGUCUUCUCCUCCUUUCUCCUGCUGGGCACACUGGUGUCUGUAAUAAUGAUCUUGCCUGGCAUGGAGACGCAGCUCCGCAAGGUGGGCCCACCUUCAAUGUUUACCCACUCCAUGUGUGCGUUGAGUGUGUUAUGUUUAAGAUUCCUGGCUUUUGUCAAGGGGGAACCACAAUACCAGGGAUUGAAAACCAUGUGAACUGUGACGUGAUUGUUGGCUACAAAUCAGUCUACCGCAUGUGCUUUGCUAUGGCUUGCUUCUUUUUCCUUUUCUCAGCUAUUAUGAUUCGUGUACGGAGCAGCAAAGACCCUCGUGCCACCAUUCAGAAUGGGUUCUGGUUCUUCAAGUUUCUGAUCCUAGUUGGUAUCACCGUUGGAGCCUUUUUCAUCCCAGAUGGAACAUUUCAUAAUGUAUGGUUCUACUUUGGUAUUGUGGGCUCCUUCAUGUUUAUCUUGAUCCAGCUCAUUCUCCUGAUUGACUUUGCUCACUCCUGGAAUGAGGUUUGGGUGAGGAAUGCUGAGGAGGGCAACAGCAAGUGUUGGUUCUCGGGUCUGCUGUUCUUCACUAUACUACAUUAUGCCUUGGCCUUUGCUGCGAUCGUGUUGUUUUAUCUGUACUACACUAAACCCGACAACUGUGCCGAACACAAGUUCUUCAUCAGUUUUAACCUUAUUCUUUGUGUCAUCAUAUCGGUGGUUUCCAUUCUGCCCAAAGUGCAGGAUGUUUCACCACAGUCUGGUCUGCUUCAAUCCUCUCUUAUCACUUUAUAUACUAUGUACGUCACCUGGUCUGCUAUGACCAAUAAUCCAAACCGGGAGUGUAAUCCUAGUCUGCUCAGCCUGGUGUCCAAUGUCAGCACAGCGGAGGCCACGCCCACCAGCUCCCCUGGGAUGGUACAAUGGUGGGAUGCUCAAGGCAUUGUGGGGUUGAUCAUCUUUCUCUUUUGCACUUUUUAUGCCAGUAUCCGUUCAUCCAGUAACGCUCAGGUGAACAGGCUGAUGCAGACAGAGGAGGGGAAGGGUUCUGGGGGAGGGGAGGAGGUGGGCGAGGAUGGCCUGCGGCGUGUCGUGGAUAACGAGGAGGAAGGCGUCACUUACAGCUAUUCUUUUUUCCACUUCCACCUCUUCCUGGCCUCUCUCUAUAUCAUGAUGACUCUCACUAACUGGUACAAGCCUGACACCACCACUCAGGCCAUGCAGAGCACUAUGCCUGCGGUGUGGGUUAAGAUCUGCUCCAGCUGGCUGAGUCUGGCCCUCUACAUGUGGACCCUUGUGGCUCCUCUUAUUUUCCCCAACCGUGACUUCAACUGAGUUGGAAAGGGCGAGACUGUCUCACACUUUCACAGCCAUGUGUGUCUGUGUGUGGGUAUGUGUGAGUUAGAAAUAUUAAAAAAACAUUUCAAAACUACUAACUUACAAAAUGUUAAGCAAUUCAUCAUCACCAGUGAUGUAUUAGAUCUGUAUUAAUCUGUAUUAGAUCUGGUCAUAUCACUGUUGAUGACAUUUAUAGGGCUGUAAGGUAGUUGCAAGUUUAAAAUUGCAUGCAUGAUGCCAUGACAAGUAUUUAAAAAAUCAAAAAAUGACAAGUCAUUGUUUCAGUUGUUCAGUAAAUUGCCACGACACGUGAGGAUUACUGUUGUGCAAAAAGUUGCUAUUCACCAUUAGUGUGAAGAGUUCCUUUUUUACUUCGUUUAAUGCAUAAUGUUCACACUCUAGCAUAGCGUGUGUGAGUGUGUGUGCAUGCUGCUGCUGCUGUGUACCCACAUAUGAUAAAUAAAUGAGAUAAAUAAUUAAAAUAGAUUAGAUUAGUAUGUAGCUUCUACUGUGGUGUCCGUAUAGAUUCAUUCAUGCCCAUUGAAUUUCACUACUCAUGGCUAUUAAAGGGAUUGUUCACCCAAAAAUUGUAAAUUUUGUCAUCAUUAAUUCACCCUCAUGUUGUUCCAAACCCAUUGACUGACUUUCUUCUGAAUUACAGCCUCCAUCACCAUUCACUCUUACUGAAUGGGAAAAGAUGCAAUGAAAGUGAAUGGUGAUUGAGACUAGCAUACUGCCUAACAUCUCCAUUUGUGUUAAACAGAAUAAACAAAGCCAUUCAGGUUAGAAACAACAUAAGGGUGAGUAAGUGAUGACAGAUUUAUUUAUUUUGGUGAUCUAUCCCUUCUUUUUUUUUUUUUUUUUAAAGAGUUUGCUUUAAUAUCAAAAUCAAUAUGGCUAUUAAUGUGUUUUAUAAAGUCAAUAUUGCUAGUUUAUAUUUAUUAAAUUAAGGUAACAGCACUACUUGUACAUGUGUGUUUAAGAAUUGUAAGCUACUCAAACCUGAGGCCACACAUUUCCAAUGCAACACGUAAGCUCAAUAACUGUCCUACAGACCUUCAACUUUGUGGUCCUUGCCACGAAUACAAAUAUGCAUGUUACUGCAGCUAGAAACCUGCUCUACCUGAAGGGGAAAUCCUUUUUACAGUGAUACAAUAUCAACAUCAGGGUCUUCAAUAUAUUUUACACAAUCUAUUAUCAAUAUUAAAUACUAUGAAAUUUCACUAUGAUUAUGCACUUUGUUCUUAAGCAAUGUCAGCAGGGAAGCUGGGCUGUGGGUAGCCCAUGUGCACCGUGGGGCUUAAACGGGCUGUUUUCACUCCAGGCCCUCCGUGCAGCCCCAUAGAAAUUGUGUGUCCAGGAGAUAAGCUCAGUCCGACACACCCUUCCCUAGUACAGUAAAGUACAUCAUGCAGCACCUUGAGAUUUCACACUCUGGCCUGGGACUCCCCCUCUGCUGCUCCCACUGCCAUGAAAACAGACUAUGCUGUAAUAUAUAUCACUGAUCCUAAUAAUACACAUUAUGGUGCUGCCAAUCCAUCAGAGGCACAUCUUAAAAUAUCUUGAGUGUCAUUCAGCAGGUGUGCAUGCGUGUGUGUGUGUGUACGAGUGCACGUGUAAGUGAUUUAGUCAUUUAGUGUGCAAAACCGUUCCUUGAAAUAACACUUGUAUAUAAAUGUACAUUUCAGGGCUGGCUAUUGAUGAUUGAUGUGUUUAAUGGGUAGAUAGCAUUUCUGAGUAAAGACUUAAUUCUUCCAUUGUCAGUGAUUCUUUUUUUUUUUUUUUUUUUUAUCUAAAGAUUUCUGUAAAUUAACUAAUUUGUUUCUUGUAAGCACAUGCUGGACUAAAUUGUAAAAAGUUAUCAUUUUUAAAAAAGUGGCAAAAACAUCAGUUUAGGUUUCUUUUUGAAGAUUACUGUCCCAUUGCUAAACACCUGUUAUGAAAUAUGAAGUUAUCAAAUUUCAUGACUCUUAAGUAUUGUGGAUGUAUUUGCUUCAAGUCAUUUAGUAUUGUGAACACUUGCCUGUAUGAAACCAUGCUAUGCUUGUGACUGAAAGAAACUGAUUGUGAAGUAUAUUGUUAUUGUAUAUAUUCUGCAUUUUCCCAAAAUAAUGAAUUAACACAAGCAUGACGGUUCAUUAUUAGGAGCAACAUGUAAGAUUUGUAAUUCUGUUGAAAAUUCAUGUGCCUUUCUAUGAUCUAUCAAAAGUGACCAGGUUUAUUCAGACCUGUUAAGUGCCUUUGCUUUUUUGUAAUUGUAACAUUUCAUAUUUGUUUUCACACCAUGGACAAUUGCUAUUGCACGUUGUCUCUGUGGAAAUAAUAUACAAUGAUCUGGUGUUAAUCUGUGCUAAUGCUGUAUACUAUAUAUUUCAAUAAACUGAUGUAAUGGGUUGGUUUAUCACAGUCAGUUUUUACAAAUUGUGAUUUAUAUAUUGAUUUGACUCCCAAUUUAGCACCAAAAUAGAAGGCCUUGUGAUCGAAGUAUGUGCAAUCACAUCAAAACGAGUCACAUGUGCAUGUCGGUUUUUUGUUUUCUGAAAUUUUUUAUAAGUCGAGUCCUGGAAUAAGUGUAAAGAUAGAUUUUUAUUUGCCAUCUGUCCACCAGAUGGAACUGAUGUGAUGCUGAUGCUGUCUCUAAUGUCAAUGUGAAUAUUCUUUGCCAGAUAUUGAUGGCCAUCACUGGUCAAGCAGUGGACCCUUUUAGUAUUUGAUAAUACCCCAGUUAUGCAAUAACAUAUCAGUAGUUAUCAUUGUAAAAGAUUAUAUCUGACAUCAAUGAUUGACUUCAGAUAUUGAUUCAACUUUUCAAUAGCAUUCAAACUAUUCACAGUUGUUUUUGCCAGCAGUAGUUUGUGUACAAGUCCCAUUUAGGCACUGUUUUUAGAAGAUUUCUGGACUGAUUUUCUCCCCUCUUUUUAUUUCUUUUUCUCUUGCUAAGUAAGUACUUAGGCUUCUUUCGUUUACCCAAUUUAGUCUUGAUGCCCCAAACUGGCCUCUCUGACCAUAAAACUCUUUUCCAGCUACAAGAAAUUAUCACACUCACAACUGUGUAGUUUUUGGCUGUCCAGUGAAGCACAAAAAAAAAAAAAAAAAACCUUUGCCAGAGCAAACUAUGAAACACAAGCCUAGAUUCUUUGAGAAGGUACUAAAUGGUAACGUGUUCUUUCCUCUGAAUGCUGGAGAUGUUUUGAGUGGCUGGCGUACACAGAAGGUAUUGAGCGUUAAGUGUUUUGGGCCCGGCAAAUAAGGCACCUCUUCUCAAAUGUGCGGUUUAUCAGUUGGCAGCUUGACUAAGCAUAGAUAACCAUUGCUUAUGCAAUUGUGUUUUGCUAGUGUUGAUAUGUUUAUGCACACUUAUGCAACUAGUGCACGAGAAGGACAGCUGAGGUCUGUUUCUGGAAGAGCAGGGUUCCACUACUCUUAUAUUUUAACCCUGUGGUUUUCCUUUUGAUUCAGGUGGGCAUUCUGCAGACCCAUGAGUCUAUGUGGAGAGUACAGCAGUUCUUUAUUUACCUUAUGUUGUCAGGAAAAGUGAUAUUUAAUGGGGAUAUAUGAGUGCAUUGAAGUUUAAAUAUUGAAUGGAGGACUCUAAAACAUUUAUGACAGUUACCAAUUGAUAUUUAAUGCCAUUCCUAGUGAAAGUGUCCCACGAUCUCAACCCUAUAAAUAAAACUUUUCUGUGUUUGCAAAUUCUAUGUAAUAUUUUUUUCGUCGCUCCUUAGUGAAUGCUUCAUUGAUCCCUACAACCUCAAACCUUAAACAAGAUUUUUACAUUUUCUACUGACAGUGUGCAUUGCUUGCCCAUGAAAAAUUUUACGCCAUGAUGCUAGGGUAGGGUGACCAGAUGACAAAGACAAGACAUCGGGACACACAAAGGAACUUAAGCCUUAUGUUUUUGACACCAAAAACUUCCAUCAAAAACGUGCGUUAAACAGAAAAUGCAUCAAUGUCUCAAAUAAACCCAAAGUAAUCUUUUUCAUGACUUAUUUUCUGUAUUUCUGUCAAACAUUAGCAUUCUUAGAAAGGUGUGGAAUCUGAAUAGUAAGGAUGUGCUACUAGUUCUCAGCAAUGCACUGGGGCAUGAAUAAAUUAUGGAGAUUACUGUGUACUAGCUAUUUUUAAUUUGCUGUCACUUUCAGUUAUUUGUCAUGUGGUGAUUAUUGAGAACUUGUAUUAUACUUAAGAUGUGUUUGGUUGACACCAUUGUUGUGGUUUGUGAGUUAAAUAGGCCUAUUGAUGUCUGUAAAUGAGAUUGAAUUUUUCAUAAAUAAAUCAAGAUUAUGCCUUCACAUAAUAAUACAUAGAAAUGUACUGUAUCCGGAAUUAUUUUGUUAAUAGGGCCAAACUGUUCAUGCCUUCUCAUGCUGUUUGAUUUUUGUAAAGAGGAGGAUGAACAUAUUCU